AGCUCUUUUGAUUUGUGAAUAAAAAUACAGGUACUAUAGCGCAACGAAUCUCUCUCUUUAUUUUUCCUGCAAUUCCAUCUUAUUCAAGAACGGUUUGGCAAUUCAGAUCAUGUCUGGAGAAGAGGAAGAAAAUGCUGCUGAGCUCAAAAUUGGAGAUGAAUUUUUGAAGGCGAAGUGCUUAAUGAAUUGUGAAGUAGCAUUAAUUCUUGAACAUAAAUAUGAGCAGCUUCAGCAGAUGUCUGAUGAUCCAAUGAAUCAAGUUUCUCAGGUAUUUGAGAAAUCAUUACAGUAUGUGAAGCGCUUUAGCCGUUAUAAAAAUCCUGAUGCUGUCAAACAAGUUCGAGAAAUUCUUAGUCGAUACCAGUUGGCUGAAUUCGAGCUGUGUGUUCUUGGCAACCUUUGCCCUGAAACUGUGGAGGAAGCUAUUGCCAUGGUUCCUUCUAUCAAGACAAAAGGAAGAGCUCAUGAUGAUGAGGCAAUUGAGAAAAUGUUGAACGACUUGUCGUUGAUCAAGAAAUUUGAAUAGUGGAAGCCACCUCUUCUGUUGAUACCUGUUUUAAAUGGGAUUUCUUGAUCUGAUCAUACCAAUUAAUAGAUUUCACUUGUGUGACUUUGGAAUCUUCUUAUUUUGUAGUGCUGCUUUGACAAAUGUCAACAUGAGAAUAUUAUUACAUGCUAGAUUUAGACUUUUUCCAACA